AUGGUUUUUAAAAGGGUUCCCGAGAAUUGGAGUCGAACCUACGGCCUUGUCAAUCAGCGAAGAUGGGUACCGAAUGGAGGCCCCAAGGAUAGCCAUUACCACUUCAGCUAUCCGCCCCCCAAGCAAAUCGACCUUAAAAGUAGGGAGGAAAAUAAGCAAAUGCAAUAUGGAAAGGCAAUGCAAAUGCAAUAUGGAAAGGCAAUCCCUACUGGCUAUGACAGACCACUGGAAGCCUUGGUGACGCCCUACUGGCCUCACCCCUAUCAGAAUCAUACAUGCAAAAAUUCAAAAAUCACUAUCUCGUCCCCAUAUGGCCGAUAUGCCAGGGACCUUUGGUAUGUUAUUUUGAUGACUGAGCGGCUUUAUGAUCAAAUUUAUGCAAAGGUUGGGUCACGUUGGAUCUUAAUGGGUUUUAUUGGGGCCCAGCAUUGGGUCCGGGUUGGGUUUUGGGUCGAGACCUUCGACCCAAGUUGGGUUAUGCGGAAGUCUAGUUCUGGCCACGGAGCUGUUAAGGAGGUCUUUUUCACUGAGAUUCUUUCCCGCAGUACUUUUUACCUGCGUAGGUGCGUUUUCAUAGGUCAAACGUACAUUCGUGACUGUGUUGAUCUACUAAGAAAAUGCUUGGUCGAGGACAUCGAUGUGACAUUACGGUGGAUUCCAGCCCACGAGGGUGUUCCUGGAAACGAGGCUGCGGACAGAGCUGCAAAACAUAUAGCUCUAAUGGGUGCACAAAGGCAGUUUGUGCCAGAAGUUACUAAUGGUUGGAUAAUACUUACCGCGGCUGCAAAACAGAGAAUACAACAAUCAACCAAGGAUACCUGGGAGAAAUUGUGGGACAAACAGAAGGCUGGGAAGCCUACCAAGAAACUUGUCACUCAGCCUUCCAAACGCACACUCCAGUAUUGGACGUUCCUUUGGAAAGCAACGUCGUCUAUCCUAAUUUAG